CCGGCCGCACGCCCGCUCUCGCUCCCGGCCGGGCCCGCCCUAGCUCACCCGCCCCGAGCCGUGGUGGGACGGUACCAGCGUCCUGCCAGCGUCCAGAAGUCCGAUCCUGGAAGGGGACGUAGCCACCUUCCUCUGCCCGGCUGAGGCGCAGCGAGCUAUUGUUUCCGAAGGAAUCCAAACGGCCUGUCCGCUCCCCCACCAUAAAGGUGGCCGAAAAAAAUUACAGCGAGGGCCAGAUGGCCCUUCAAGGCUCCUGGGGUCAUGCCCUGCGUUCCCUGCCUCCUCCCCAUUCUGAAGUUGCUGGUUUUCAACAGGGAAGUAGUGCGGCAGCCAUGGCUGCUGGCUGAACCGGGUGGGGAAGCUGCUACCGCCUCUUAUGUAAGUUUGGCUGUUGCAGGAAACCCCCCUCCUAACCCCCUGCUGUGUAAUGACAGCAGUUGUCCCAGCGAUCUGAAGAAGAGUUCAGGAGGAGUAGCUUUAUUCUGAAGGUGUAAUUGGGGCUACUUCUUUCCCUACCCCUACACAGAUGCUGGCAACGGGUAUCUUCUAGUUUGACUCACCUGAACUUAGCAGUUGGAACCUCACGAUACUAAGAAAAAUGGGCCGAUGGACGUAAGGUCUCUCCUUUCCGGUCCUCAGACAUCAUGAAGGAGGGGGGAUGGCAAAAUAAACACUACCUUCCGUCCCGCACCAAAUUAUUUUAAGCACAUUAUUUUGUUGCGAUGACUAUACGGCCGCUACCCUCCCUAGUCCCGUGCACUUCUAUGCCAUAAGCCCUGGGAGAGUUGCUAACAAAGUUAAGCAGGAGCUGGUAGGAAGAUUUUCCCUAGGCCGCCUUUCCUCUCGGGCACUGUAGGCUGGGGUGCACUCAGGGAACAGGGAGGCGGAGACACACAAGAUAUUAAAGUUGGAAGCAUCCUUGGAAAUAAUUUUGCCCAACUCUCACACUGGGCAGAUGAGAAGAGCCUUGCCGCUUUAGGCAGAUUUGGUGAUGGGUUCACUUUUCUGGAGAGGAAAUUCUUUUAUGGUUUUUCGGAUGUUGGUCUCUAGGAUUGAGUCUUACACUCCAGUUUUUUUUUUUUUUAUAAGACUAUUAACAGCCUGGUCGUUUGCUCCUAACCACACCAAACAGCUUAUUUGUGGCUACUGUUCAGUAGAGGAAACUUUUUAUGUUUUUCAGGAUAUUGGUCUGCAGGAUGGAGUCCCUCUGGUAAGAGUUAAAACUCACACAGAGCUAAAAUUCUUUGAGCCUCCGUGUAGGGAUAGAGGUAAAAACACCAGGGUCUCUCAAAUGCAAGCUUAAAGACCAGUGUGGCUUAACUGACCGGUGUUAGUUGCAUUACACAGAGGUGGGGGUUGGGGGGUACUACUAUUUCCUUUCCUCCCAUGUUAGCAGUUGGGUGUGGGUACAUCUACAACUUUCUCUAUAUUUAUGAGAAUAUAUAGUCCUAGAUGUUUUUGUGAGCCUAGAGAAAAAUGUGAAGGCUGCAUAAAAACCCGUUGCUAUCAGGUUGAUUCUGACUCAUGUAACCCCAUGUGUGUCAGAAUAGAACUGUGCUCUGGGUUUUUAGUGGCCGAUUGUUUGGAAGUAGAUUGCUGGCCUCUGGAUUUGAACCUCCAACCUUGCCGGUGUUAACUCUUUGCACCACCCAGGGACUCCAGAGGUUAAAUACCCAGCAGUAAAUGGUGGGGCAGGGUGUGUUUAUUGGGUUUCUUUUAAGCUGUAUAGCUGUCAACAUCUAUACAAAUCCUGACAUGGGCUUUGGAAGAAGAACUUACUCAGUGGUUCUCCCACCAUCCUUUAAUUCUCAGUGCACAUCCCAAACUGGUCCAUGGGAAGCUUCAAGUGCUGUAGCCCUUACCUCUGCUGCUCAUAUGUGCUCAGAGCGGCCAGCUGCCUCCUCUUUGCUUACAACCUGAAAAUGGGUAUAUGUGCAAAUGGCAAGACAAAUCAGGAAGGUCUGGCGUGUGCCUGAUCAGAAUUAUUCUGAUCUGAAGAAUUUGGUGUUUAAAGCUAUAAGAUAAUAGCCUUCAGUUGUUCAUGGAGUUUUUCAUCAGUAUGUCUGAAACCAUUAAAUAUAAUGAUGAUGAUCAUAAAACUCUGUUUCUGAAAACACUAAAUGAACAGCGUCUGGAAGGAGAAUUUUGUGAUAUUGCUAUUGUGGUUGAAGAUGUAAAAUUCCGAGCACACAGAUGUGUCCUCGCCGCCUGUAGCACCUACUUUAAAAAGCUCUUCAAGAAGCUUGAGGUUGAUAGCUCUUCAGUAAUAGAAAUAGAUUUUCUUCGUUCUGAUAUAUUUGAAGAGGUCCUGAACUACAUGUACACAGCAAAGAUUUCCGUCAAAAAAGAAGAUGUCAACCUAAUGAUGUCAUCGGGUCAGAUUCUUGGUAUCCGAUUUUUGGAUAAACUCUGUUCUCAAAAGCGUGAUGUAUCUAGUCCUGAUGAAAAUAACGGCCAGUCCAAAAGCAAGUAUUGCCUCAAAAUAAACCGCCCCAUUGGUGAUGCUGCUGACACUCAGGAUGACGAUGUGGAGGAAAUUGGAGACCAGGAUGACAGCCCUUCUGACGACACAGUAGAAGGCACCCCCCCGAGCCAGGAGGACGGCAAGUCGCCCACAACUACGCUCAGGGUUCAGGAAGCUAUUUUGAAAGAGCUGGGGAGCGAGGAAGUUCGCAAAGUAAAUUGCUACGGCCAGGAAGUAGAGUCCAUGGAGACCCCAGAGUCAAAAGAUUUGGGGUCCCAGACCCCUCAAGCCUUAACUUUUAAUGAUGGAAUGAGUGAAGUGAAAGAUGAACAAACCCCAGGGUGGACGACAGCCACCAGCGACAUGAAGUUUGAGUAUUUGCUUUAUGGGCACCACCGCGAGCAGAUUGCCUGCCAAGCCUGUGGCAAGACAUUUUCUGACGAAGGCAGAUUGAGGAAGCAUGAAAAACUCCACACGGCAGACAGGCCGUUUGUUUGUGAAAUGUGUACAAAAGGUUUUACCACACAGGCCCACUUGAAAGAACACCUAAAAAUCCACACAGGAUACAAGCCCUACAGUUGUGAGGUGUGUGGAAAAUCCUUCAUUCGUGCUCCAGACCUAAAGAAGCAUGAGCGUGUGCACAGUAACGAAAGACCCUUUGCAUGCCACAUGUGUGACAAAGCCUUCAAACACAAGUCCCACCUCAAGGAUCACGAGAGGAGACACAGAGGGGAAAAGCCUUUUGUGUGUGGUUCCUGCACCAAGGCCUUUGCCAAGGCAUCCGAUCUGAAAAGGCACGAGAACAAUAUGCACAGUGAAAGGAAGCAGGUGACCCCCAGUGCCAUCCAGAGUGAGACGGAACAGUUGCAGGCGGCAGCCAUGGCUGCCGAAGCUGAGCAGCAGUUGGAAACAAUAGCCUGUAGCUAGAGGUGUUGGAACCAGAGCGCUCUGCCUGGGUGGCAGAGGCUGAGGGGACAGGGAGCCUAAUCAGUGAAUGCCAGUCCCUGUAUUUUUGUGGAAACUUACGGGGCAUUGUACUCACUGGACUCAAGGCAGUGCUUGGUUAGGUAUUUUUAAAACUUUUCCAGGAAAUACGUUCCUAGGUUCUGACCAAACCGUUUCACUGUCGUGUCCAGUGUUUGGUAUUAAUGUUGCUAGUAAGUCCCAUGCAUCCCCACAUCCCCUUUUUUACGGUUUUAAUUUGAGAAUUCCGGUGUCUAGUUUAGAAGUGAGAGACUUCUGUUCCAUUUUUAACUCCUCUCUUGCUGCACUGUUGAGUGCACUGUGCAGAAUCAGAAUUGAGUAAAUUGAUUUCUUAAUCAUCACACCGACAUGUGACUUAGGGUCAAAACAGCAGUUUUAAUAACAAAGUUACUUCAUGUAGACGUAGAAAGUGUUGCUGGGUGGUUGACACCAGCAACGCUGUGCAAAUAAGAAAACAAGUCCUGAAAAUCUCGAAUGGUAUUACUUUUAUAUUUGGUUUGUUAAUUUUAUAUCACUGUUUUUCACUUGUUUUUUGCAGACAAAUAAUGGUUGCUUUGCUGAAGUGUUUCUUUCGCCAUUUGGAUUGCCCUGUACCUACUCCAAAAGAUGUAGUCGUAUGUACCGGAGCCUGAGCAAACCUCCAGAUUUCGGUGAUCUUGGGGCCAGGUUCUAAUCUUCCUUAUCUUUCUGGCAUUGCUGCAGACAGGCUGGGUUUAUUCAGGAGAGCAGUCUUGAGAGGAAUAUCAAAGAGUAAAUAAGAACCUGGCCCUUAGAGACAAGCUUACCACAUUGGCGACAAUCCCAAGAUUUUACAGAUCAAAAAAUUGUUAAUUGAUUUUGAAAUUGGAUUUUUAUUUAGGAUCAGAAUUAGGACAAGCACAGAUAUGCUCCUUCAAAUACAUUUGUAUAAAUUAACUGAAAGUCAUCAAGCUUUUGGGCUCUCUACAGCACCUGCUAUACCCAUAAGAGAGAUGCAAUAUGCUUAAUUAACUUAAAAUCUUUUACGUGUGUAAAUAGUAUAGAACUGUUGGUCUUACGUAUUUCAAGUAAAAGUAGACAGCUGCACUCUUUUUUUGCACAUUGGAUUAAAAUAACCUCCAUCAGCAACAAACAUCAGACUGUCAGACCAAACGUUUGUUUUUGAAUUAUAUUUCACCACAGGAAACAGUUUUAAAUAGAAGUUGAUUGCCUUUUCCUAGCCGUAAAUCAGAAUUACCAACUCUGUUACAAUUUUGGUGUACUGAAUGUUCCUUUUAACUCUUUCUUUGGGAAUAUAUUGAAAUGCCAACAAUAGUUUGAAUUAUGUUCUUUAAUAAAGUACUAAUCCGUUAAAUUAGAAUAUGUACAGUUUUAGAAAAAUGUCAACUUUUGAUUCAUUUUUUUGUUGCUAGGAUUUUGUUUUUUAAAAGAAGAUACAUUAAAGUAAUCUCCUGUCAUAGCUUGUUGCGUUUACAGCUGUAAUUACCCUUGUGGGAGAAACUUGGUUUUGUAAAUUGAUGUGUAUGUUAUGCCCGGGAUUGUAGGAUGAAGAUGCUACCUUUUAAAGAAUUUAUUUAUUGGUAAAAUGUUUAAUUUAGUUUAAUUUAAUUUGUUUUUUCAAAGAUUGUCUGUUCUGUACUAAAAGUAGUCCUGUCACUGUGUUUAUAUGCUGUUAGUAGAAGGGGAACUGGUGGAUGUUCCGAGGCUGUUUUAACCAAAGCAAGGGAAAAAUAAUUUAACAUCCUGUCAAUAGCUACUUCAACAAACCAUUUUUUGGGCCUUCAUUUUUGUAUAUAAAAGAAAAUAUGCUUAUAUCAUUUCUGUUUCCAUUUUUUCGUAGCAGCCUUUCACACAUCCAUGUUUCUUCAGCACGUAAUGUCUAAACUUUCUUCGUCGUGGUUUUAUAAAGCUCUGAGCUAAGCCUAUAGUAUCAACCCUAGUUGAAGUCACAUAAUCACGGUGGUGCCCUCCCAAAGGAAGCUUGGUUUUCACACUUGUUUUGUAUUAUGCAGGUAUUUAUCAUUUGGCUCUUUUGCUUGAGAAGUAUUUUUGUGUUGUGACUUGUGUCCCCACUACUAGGUCCUUGUGUGUGUUAGGGUGUGUCUUUUUUGCUUAUUUGGUGCAAGCAAAGUCGUAACAUGGCUGUUCUGCUGCUUGCUGGGUCCUAGUCACCAGGACAGCCUCUCCUGAUCCAGCAGCCUUUGAUGAUUCUGGGAUGCUGAAGCAAGCAUGGUAGCUUCUUCAAGGGGACCCCAGCACCAUGGGGAGUUACUUCUGGAAUGUGCCUACCCUGAAUCUGAGGGUGGGGUGGAAGGAUGUUUUAAGUGUCGAUAUUAUUACCUUUUCAUUAUUUACAAAUCCUCUACUUCUUUCUGUACAAAGAGAAGGUCCACAAGCUUGAUAUUGACUUUUAUGCUAACUUGCACUGUAUUGGAACUGAUUGAGGAAGGGCAUUUUAGGAAGUCAAAAUUUCAGGUAAUUUGUUGGCUAAUUAACUUGGCCACUAGUUGAGAAUUGAUAGAAAUUAUUGGGGUAGCCACGAGGUGAGCCUGAUACUUCCUCUUAUUUUGCUGGGGGUGGGGGGAGAUUAUGAUGAGGGAGGGUGAUGCAAAUUUAUGGAGUUUCCAACUCAGUGGCUUAUCUUGUGUAAGAUCCUCUGUAACUCCGUCCUUUGGAGUUCAUUUUCCUGUCGUAGUGCUGUUAGCGGUGGUUAGCUCCCAGGGUAGCCUUGAAAAGCCUACUGCGUAAGUAGUAGAACUAGUAUAAUAAGGAUUAUAGUCGUGAAUUCAGAGUCACAGGAGUCAGAGCCGUGGCUUUCAGGAGAGAAUGGAUAGGUCUCUCGCUUUCCUCUCUGCUUUUUACAUUUAAUAUUUCCCUCCGUUUCUCCAUUACCCACCUCCACAAAUGUAUGGGAGAUAAAUAAGACACCAGACCGGAGGCAGGGUAACCAUUUACAGUGAUCAGAGAUGAUGGCCCCAGUAAAUUCUCAUGCUUCCUUCUAAUACGUAACCCAAAUCAGCAAGGGCUGUCAGUGAUGGGGAGCUCACUCCCCACCACGUUGUGUGUUCCACUUUGAGACAGCUCAAGCUGCUCUACUGUUUUUUGAAGUCGGCCUCCAUUUUUGCACACCCCCUUGUAACUGGGAACUUUCUCUCCCUUGGACUUAGAAUAAGUGCAGUCUUGCAUCCACUUGACAGCACUUCAGAUGUGUGCAGAGCACAUCGCUCGUUCCACAGGUGUUCAGCGUCAUGCCCCAGGCACUGGACUGGGCGCUGGAGAUAGCAAGGCAGAAGAGGUUUAGCUCCUGCCUACCAGAACUUGUGCCCCUUCCCAUGCUUCUCUUGGCAUUCUUCUUGAAAAAUGAGAAUGGUAUUUGCCCAUCCCUGUUAUCCGUGAUUCCUUAAAGGUUGCAACCUAGAUCUCAUUCCAAGGUCCCUGAGUCUCAUUUAUCUGGGUCAUGACAGAUGCCCUCAGUUGGUGUGUUUUCAUGAUCUCUUCAAGAGGUAUUCCCAGUUACCAAUAUACAUUUAAGUCUUUUCAGUAUAAGGAGGAAGUGUGGUUUAGUGGAAAGAGUUUGGAGUAAAAUGUGGAUUUGAAUCCUGGUUCUGCUGCUCAAUUAACAUGUACAUUUGGGCAAGUUCUUAACUUCCCUGAGCCUUAGUUUCAUCAUCUCUAAAGCAGUGGUAGAGAUUUCUGGUUCAUGGACUCCUGCAGAGACUAAAUGUGAUAGCCAGUACAAAGCAUCAGCUCAGCACCCAGCAUUUUUUAGGUGCUCCACAAAUACGCGCUUCUUCCUAAACAGCAUUCUCAGCAAAGAAGGGAAAUUGAAGUUCUGUUUUCAUUCAAACAUCUGUCAGUUCUAUAGUCAUUGGCCAUGAGCUGUAGACCUUGUUUUGUCUUAACUGAAAAUAUCUGUAGAAGCUGUUCUUAGCAUUUACGUAAGCUUGCAUCCCUUUGGGGCUUUUUUCUUAGGAAGCUGAGUAGUCAUUUUAUGGUUUUCUUUGGUUUGGCCUUGUAAUCCCCCACUAUUUGUGCACAUUUUUAAGUAGGUCACUGAAGUGUAGUCACGUGGAAACACUGGCUUCUGUAGCCGACUCCCUGUUUUUCCUUGGGAAUAUUUGUGAAGGCAGAAUCAGAAUUGCAAUUUUGAGAGCUGACUUUUUUCCUUGAGUCUCAGGACAUGAAAUCGUGCAUUUUGGGGGGAUAUUUUUAUAUUUGGUUUUCUGAAAACUGGCGUGUAUUUCAGAAACUUUUGUGGUGCAAUGGUUAAAGUGCUUGGUUGCUAUCUGAAAGGUCAAUGGUUCAAACCCACCAGCAGCUCCACAAGAAAAAGGUGUGGCAACCUGCGAUUUACAGCCUUGGAGAACCCUAUGGGACAGUUGUACUCUGCCCUACUGGUCACUGUGAGUCGGAAUCCACUUGAUGACAGUGGAUUUGGCAUGGGUUUGGGAGUGUAUUUCAGACUACACUCAGCCUUUCUUUUUCUGGUUUUGUAUGAUUUCUAGGGUGUCUAGGGUGAUCUGUCAUCUUCUCCCCAAAGGGACAUGGACUACUACCCAAGAACUUGAUUUUUCAUUUUAGUUCCAAAAAUAACAGUUUACUUAAUUACUUUGCUGCUCUUUGGAGGAUGUUUCCAUUUAUCUAUAUAAAAGUAUUUUCUAUAGAGUGGGAUUAAUGUAUUACCAGUCAGCAAAUACAUAACAAGUGAUUUCUGUGUGCCAGGCAUUGGAUUACGUGUGAGGGCUGCAACAUUUGAAGAAGACAUAAACCUUCCUGCCCUCACAGAGCUGCUGGCCCAGGAUGGAGCUAAACGAUGACCUUCCCAAGGUUUACAAACAUUGACACAAGUUUACAAAUAAUUUUUUUAAUCUUCUGUGGUAUAUAUUUUAAUUCAGUUCAUGAAACAUCACUUUAGAACAGAAUUAAGGGUUUUUUUUUACUAAAUAGUCCCAAAUUUAGUGGUAACAAAAUAAACAUUCUCAAAUAAUUUUUUGAAUGUAUACUGAGAAAAUGUUUAUUAAACAUUACAUUCCAAAGAGUGAUUCUCAUUUUCUCUCGUUGAUCCUGCAUUUCAGAAAGAAGAAUGGUAAUAUGAGGCUAAGGUUCUAUAUAUUUAUUAAAAUCGUAGUUACUGGUAUCGAAAAGGGUGCUAAUGCAAAGAAAAUUAGAGGAGUAAAAGAACGAUAACCUGGGCUUCCAGCAGCUAUAAACAAGGAUAUUAAUAACCCAGAAGGCUUUAAGGCCAGGACGCAGCAUGAGAGAAGAUGGUGCACACUCAGCUGUGGUUCAGAAAUGACUGAGCUCUUCCUGAGAGGCGGUAAGUGUCCCUUAGCGCCAGCCGACCUGUCAAGGAUGGUAAUUGAUACAGAGUAGGUCUAUAUAAUCUAUGUACAUCAAGAGAUUUGUUUUAAGGAAUUGACCCACAUGAUUAUGGGGGCCAACGAAUCUGAAAUCCCUAGAGCGGAGCCCAGCAAGCUGGAAACUCAACGCGGGAGUUGAGGCCGCAGUCUUGCAGAAUUGCUUCUUUGGGAAACCUCAGUUUUUGCCCUUAAGACCUUAAACUUUUUGGGUGGGCCCACCCAUAUUUUCGAAAGCAGCCUCUUUUAUGUAAAGUCAUGUAGAUGCAGUUCACACCUACAAAAUAUCUUUACAGCAACACCUAAACUAGUUUUUGACAAAAAACUGGUCUAGCCAAGUCUUGUAAAUAAAACUAACCACAGUAGGACAGCAAGUUAGUUAAUGAAAACCUGAAAAGAAAAUGUAGUUCUUCGGCUGGUUUUAGAUUAUCUGAGGCUACCUGUCAUUUUGUUGGAGUUCUGUGAAAGUGUUCUAUACUAUUAAAUUCUCAUGUGGAAUAUAGUCAUUUUCUGUUUCCAGUUGGAAGCCAGAAGCUUUGUGACUCAUACAGGUCAUUACUGGCUUUUCUGGCUUUCCUUGUUUCCCCUUCAUUCUCACUUUGGACCUCAGUACAAGGAGAGACAGCCAAGAGAAUCAGUACUUUUAAUAAUAAUGAAGCCUAGCAUAUGUUGACAAGGCAUGAAUCACCACGUAUUAAAUCUCUUUGUAUACUUUAUGGCAACCCUGUCAGGCAGGAAUUACUACUGAUGAAGAUACUGAGAUUCAAAGAAAUUAAAUACCCUGCCCAACACCAAGUAGCUAUCAGGUAGUCCAGGAGAGCUGGUCCAUCUGUCUCCAGAGCCUGUAUCCUUAACCCCUGGGUCUCAAACCAGGAAGGCAGCCGCCAUGGCCCUGCACACCCUCACUGAGUUCAGCACACUCUUGAGGAGGUGGUGCUGGGGGAGUACCAGAGGCAUUCAUCUGAGCAGCUGCCCCUAUGUUUCUGUAAUAAACUGGGCCCAAUAUUUUGAUUUCUUUAAGACAUCUCCCAUACAGGGGACCAGAUACUAAACAAACACUGUAUUAUUUUGUUCAGGUUUAGAGGCUGCCCCAAAGUAAUAAGGAAACUACACAUAGAAUGUCAUUGUCUUAGGCUGGCUUCUCUAGAGAAGCAAAACCAGUGAAGCAUAUACAUACACAUAUAUAUAGAGAGAAUUAUAUCAAGGAAAAUGCUCGAGCGGUUACAGAGGCUAGAAAGUCCCAAGUCAGUGGGCCAGGAUAGAGGCUUCUCCCGACUGACGUAGCUGCAGGGGCUGGCGAACCCAAGAUUGGCAGGUCAGGGAGCAGGGCUCUUGUUCACAGGCCGUGAAGAUCGAUGAAUCCCAAGAUUGGCAGGCAAGACCGCAGGUAAGCUGCUAGCUCAAGUCCCAAGAACUGGAGGUCAGAAGAACAGGAGCCAGCUGCAGGAUCCAGAAGAAGCAAAAAGCCUCCAAGCCCUGCCAGGAUGUCCACCCACACUCAAUGCAGGCCACAUGCCUAAGGAAAUUCCCUUCAACUAAUUGGCUGCUCACAGCAGAUCCUGUGAUGGGUGUGAUCACAUAUCAAAUCUCAACAGGGUGGUGACCACAACAUCACACAACUGCCAAAACACAGAAUCAUGGCCCAGCCAAGGUGACACAAAAUCUCAACCAUCACAGCCAUAGACUGCAAUGCAACACAAAGCUGCCCCUGGACUUCAUUCACAUGUCCCAUUAUAUAAGUGGGUCAGGGAAGCCACCCUCCCCUCCAACAAAAAAAAAAAAAGAAACUAAGGCCGCUUAGUUUGGUGCCAGAAUUAACUAUGUAUGUAAAAAUGGUAAUGUGUCUGUGUUACCUAGUGCUGCUGUACACAAACACCUUAAGCGGGUGGCUUUAAAAAACAAAAAUUUAUUUUCUCACAGUUCUGGAGGCUAACAUUCCAAAUCAGAGUCUCAGCCUUGAUACCUUCCAUGUGGGCAGCCCCAGGCAUCCCUUGGUUCCUUGGCUUGUAGAUGAUCUUCACAUGGCAUCUGUCUUCCCCCUUGUGUCUAUGUGUCUAUCCUGGUCUUUUUAUAACUGAGAAGUGAUUAGCUUUGGGAUCCACCCUACGCUGGUAUGAUCUAAUUAACAUAGCAAAAGAGGCAACCCUCGUUCCAAACAAGAUCACAUCCACAAGUGUGAGGGCCAGGAAUUCAACACAUAUUUUGGGUGGACACAAUUCAAUCCAUAACAUAAUGGUUCUCUGUGUUUGGAAUCCUCCUUCCCCAACCACAUGAAAGGAAUUAGAAAAUUUGUGUUCAGCUUCCACCUCCACUGCUGUCAAUCUGUGCAACCUUGGGCUGGUUGCAUCAUCUUUCCUAAUUUCUUCAACCAAAAUGCAAAUAAUAAUCCCUGCCCGGUUUACACCAUUCUUGCUUAUUAUUCCAAAAUGUCGUUUUUCUUUUCUAAGUAAUAGAUAAGAAAUUUAGCUUAAAAACAUUACUGGCCUCAAACAGGAUGACAGAUAAUGAUGAGUAAAAGCUUAAGCAUUGGGGGGUUUAACUAUACUUCAUUCUUAGGCUGUUUACAUCUAGUUAAAUGAAGGGUAUGUGUAUGAGUGCUAUUUCUCCUAAAUUUUGGAGGUUUGGCUGUUCUGUUGUUUCUGCAAUCUUCAAGUAACCUUUCAUUUAUUAAGAAACAAUAUAUUAACCAGAUUGGAAGGCUACUGGAUCAGUUGACAGUGUAAACAUGAUUAUAUUUAAUAGUCUGGACACCCUGUAAUAAAAUACGGGGUUGAGAAAAGAGGAAUGCAAAAAGGUAGGGAUGAAUUAAUUUUAGGUGCUACAUUUCCUAAAAUCAUUGUUUUCCCUAAUUCACUGCUGUGAAUUAUGAGAUCACAAGAGUUAUUUUUUUAGUGGUAUGUUUUAUGUUAAUAGUGCACAGAAAGCAACUUUAACUUUAGUAAUAGGCUAGAACUAGAGUGUGUACUAAUUAAUAUGAUAACUGAUAUCUGUACGAUGCUCUAUGGUUUACGUUAUUGCAUUAGUCCACAAUAUUAUGAGGUAUUAUUAUUCUUAUUUUAUGGACAAAAAAUAAUAGGCUCAACCUAGGAUCUUUGAUUCUGAUAAUUGCAAUAAUAUUAAUCCUUGAUUAUAAGCAGCCUGAAAUAGAAUAAUUACAUAUGUAUAGGGCCUAUUAGGAAACCCUGGUGGCGUAGUGGUUAAGUGCUACAGCUGCCAACCAAAGUGUUGGCAGUUCAAAUCCACCAAGCGCUCCUUGAAAACUCUAUGGAGCAGUUCUACUCUGGCCUAUAGGGUCCCUAUGAGUAGGAAUCGACUCGACGGCAUUGGGUUUUGGUUUAGGGUCUAUUAAGGAGCCCUGGUGGUACAAACGGUUAUGCACUUGGCUACUAACCAAAAGGUUGGUGAUUCAAGCUCACCCAACAACUCCACAAAGAAAGACAUCUGGUGAUCUGCUCUCGUAAAGAUUACAGCCCUUAUGGGGCAGUUCUAUUCUGUCACGUGGGAUUGCUAUGAGUCAGAAUCAACUCAAUGGCACCUAACAACAGGCGGUCUAUUUGGUAUAUAUGAAGUUUUGGCACUUUCAAAACUUUCUAAUACAACAGAUUACAGUUUGAAACAUUGAAUUUCAAACUCCUGACUUCCAAAGUUUUGUUGUUUUUUUUAUUUUUAGUAUAUAUGACUAGAUUUAUGAGUUAUCCUCCAAUAUUCAUUCUACCCUUUUUCUAUAGCAGCUGGAUUUUUAGCUGGACACUGAACUUCUGACUUUACAAAACCUCUAAAACUAGUUUCCCUCCCCACCCCCCGGGAAAUCUUUAAAAAUAUUUGUAUCAGUGACACAAUCAAGUCUAAUGAUUUAGAGUGUGGGAUCUGGGUUUAGACUGCCUGGGUGUGAAUUCUGAUAUCAGCACUAACUGGGUGACCUUGGGCAAGUUAUUGAAACUUUUUAGUUUUCAGUUUUGUUGUCUGUAAAAUUGUGAUAAUGUGAGAAUUAAGUGAGAUAAUCUAUGGAAAGUUCUUACAAAUGGCAAACGCUAUAAUUUUAUUGUUAUUUUCUAUCAAUAUCAAAGAAAAGAUGGGACUCCUGGAUUUCAAUCUCUUCGCAGCCAUUAACUUGUAUGAGCUUUGAACAACUGAUUUGAUCUUCCUGAGUCAUUUCCUCAUUUUAAAGAAGGGACUUGUAUUAGAUGAUCUUUAAAUUUAUUGCAGGAUUCGAGCCUUUUACUCUAUUUAAUUAGUUGACGUAACAACUUGCAGGCAUUUUUUAAUGCAAUUACUUGAAAUUUGCCUGUCUUCUAACUUCAAAUGUGGCCACGAGAUCCAGGCUUCUCUUUAUACCUAUGAGAGGUAAUAGGAGAAGGGUGUUCAGAAGGUGGUGAUCAUCCUCAAAUUUGUGCCAUUGUUUAAAAUGAAGGAAAUGUGGACGAUUCCAUGAAAACAGUCACAGCUCAGCAAAAUAAUUCAAGCCACAUUUGAUGUAACCUGGGCUUUCCUGCUCCUAUUUUAAAAGCAUUCUCAGACUUUGGAGAUGCUUCCAAAAGAACUGUAAAUCUUACUCCAAAUUGUAUGGAAAAAUAAUAUAGAUAUGGACAAAAGUUCUGUUGAAGAAGUGUCAACAAAGAAGCAGAUCACACUGCAACACUUAAAACUUCAUUUUACAUUUCUUCCCCUUCAAAGACCCAUUUCUUUUAGCAGCUUCUCAUUUCACCCUUCCAUUCUCUCAGCCCCAAUCUAAAAUGUCCUCUUCUUUCCCUGAGUAUGUUUUUACUUCCUUCUUCUUCAACCUUUUCCUCUAUCAUCAUUUUGCAUAUAAAGUAAUUGUAUCUAUUGUCAGAAUCGGCCAUUUGCUUCCCUUACCCGUCUUUGGAAUUAAUUUCAGGAUUGUCUUAGUUACCAACUGCUGCCAUAACAAAAAUUACCGUAAGCAGGUAGCUUUAAAGAACAGAAAUUUGUUUUCUCACCGUUCAGGAUGGUAGACAUCAAAAUUCAGGGUGUGGCUUUAGGGGGAGGUCUUUCUUUGUCUAUUUUGUCCUCUAGUAGCUGGUGGUCCUUGGAGUUCCUGGGCUUGCAGAUGUGUUUAUGGUGUGUGUCUGUCUUCAUAUGAAAUGAUGGGUAAGCUACAAAAGAGAAUAGCAACAAACAAACAAAAAAAAAAAGCACUUAACUUCCUUGUACUCUAUUUUCUUCUCUGUUGUUAUGUAUGAACUUAAACCCCUAAAACCACUAUCAGAAUAAUGACACCCUGAUGCUACACCCAGUUUUCAGAUAAAGUACAGAUUGUUGUUGUUGUGUUGAGUUGGCUCUGACUCAUAGUGACAGAAUGAAACACUGCCUUGUCCUGCACCAUCUUCACAAUUCUUACUAUGUUUGAGCCCAUUGUGGCAGCCACUGUGUCAAUCCAUCUCAUUGAGGGUUUCCUCUUUUUCACUGACCCUCUACUUUACCAAGCAUGAUGUCAGCAGCCUGAAAAGAUUUACAGCCUUGAAACAGAACCCCCACAGUGCUGUAUUCUUUACCUGGCUUCCUCUCCUACCAUGUUGUAUUACAAUAUUGUUUUCUUUACUGGGCUCUCCCCUUUCCUCCUCAGCUUUGCAUUUGAAUCCUGCUUUUGCUUGGAGGUUAUAUGUAAACCCCAUUGCGCCUGUGUAGUGUGAUUAAGAAUGUUGCUGACUUGUAUGAACUCUCUACUUGUAACCCCUUUUAAA